CUUAGUUGGGAGAAUUGGUGUGGGAUGAGUCAGCACCACGCUAUAUCUGCAGCCUGAGCCGGUUGGUGAUGAGGAAGUGACUCCUGUGCUGUAUCAUCUCCAAGUCAUGCAGUCCAGAAUAUGAACUAUAACGGUGAUGAAGAGGAUCAGCUGCCUUUUCAGAUGGUCUUUAAAAGGAAGAAGUGCCACUCAACCAGCAGAAAACAAAUGAGUGUCAAGACCAGACUGUUACCCAGCAGGAAGUGACAACGUUAAGAGCUCUUCCUGUCUAGAAAAUGGACAAUCAGUCAUAAACGCAUCUCAGAAUUAGGAAAAACAGUACCUGUGCUGCAUACCUACGUGUGUUGGAAACCCCAGUGAGGAUGCAAUUGUGCUGGGAAUCUGUAAAUGGCUCUUGUGUAAGGAGCAGCUGGUCAAACAGUAUCCGUAUUUCCAUGUACAUCUUCAUGGUUUGCAUUAUUCUGGCCACAGUGGUUGGAAAUCUGACAGUUAUCAUCUCAAUAUCACAUUUCAGGCAGCUCCACACGCCUACAAAUUUCCUGAUACUUUCAAUGGCCACCGUAGACUUCCUGCUGGGAUUCUUUGUCAUGCCUUGCAGUAUGGUACGCUCUGUUGAGCACUGCUGGUAUUUUGGGGAGUUCUUCUGCAAGAUCCACACCAGCACUGACAUUAUGCUGAGCACAGCUUCUAUCUUCCAUCUUUCCUUCAUAUCUGUUGACCGUUACUACGCUGUGUGUGACCCUUUAAGAUACAAAUCAAAGAUAAAUACUUUCGUCAUUGUGGUCAUGAUGUGUAUAAGCUGGAUGGUCCCUGCUGCUUUUGCUUUUGGAAUGAUCUUUCUAGAUCUAAACUUGAGAGGAGCAGAAAAGAUUUAUAACCAUGUUCACUGUGCAGGAGGAUGCUUUCUCCUUUUUAGUGAAACUUCAGGUAUUGUGGCCUCCACAGUGUCCUUUUACAUCCCUGGAUUUGUUAUGCUGUACAUCUACAGGAAAAUAUACUCUGUAGCCAAGAAGCAGGCAAGAUCCAUUGAUGCAAUUAGCAGAAAAAAAAUGCAAUUUGAAAUGAAGCACCACAUUUCAUUCUGCAGAGAAAGGAAAGCUGCUAAGACUUUAGGCAUCAUAAUGGGAGUGUUUCUCAUCUGCUGGACUCCAUUCUUCUUCUUUACAGCUACCAAUCCGUUUAUGAAUUAUGUGAUACCUCCUGCUCUCAUUGAUGCUUUGGUUUGGUUUGGCUAUUUAAAUUCCACUCUUAAUCCAAUUGUUUAUGCAUUUUUUUACAUGUGGUUUCGCAGGGCAUUGAAGAUUAUUCUGUUUGGAAAAAUUUUUCAACAGGACUCUUCCAGGACUCAUUUGUUUUCAGGCUAAUAUGUUUUAAAUGGUUGGAUUCAUGGCUUUGAACCUUUGCCUGGAGACUGAACUCCCAGAUGUAAGAGCUGUGAAGGAAGGAAACGCCUAUUUGUUUGCCUAUUUACUAAAUUUAGUUCAAGCAGAUAAGCAAUCAUUGUGCUUUACAUAUUCUUUCAUUCCAGGCUGGCUUUUGUAUGCGGUGUUUUGAUUAUAUCUAUUUAUUUGCAAUGCACAGAAGAGCAAGACUUCCAUUUAAAAAACAUAGCAGCUUAUAUCCCUGAUCUUCAUAACAGAUUAAUUCCUUGAACAAGGUGUGUUUAUAUCACAAUAUUUGUGUUCAUUUGUGUUCUCCUCUAGAAAAAGCAGAAAAAUCUUCUCCUUUGAAUUUCUUGACAUCCUUGGCAAUAACCCAAAGCUCUCUAAGUUUUGUCCUUCCCCUUCCAUAUGUGUGCAGAGCUCAAAACAAGCCAAUAACCAGCCAUACCAGCACACUCCAUGGAGGGAAGGUGAGGCAGAGAAAAGUAGUGCUGCUCUUUCUGUUUCCAUUUCAACUAGCGCUUGUCAUUCUGAGUUUGUCCUUAAAGGCUUUGCUGCUUAAUGAGAUCAAAAGCAUGUUUAACAAGAUCAAAGACAAGAAAAAAUACGAAGUAUGAAGUGAAAAGAAAUUGCAAAAAAGCAGCAUUGCACCUGAGAAUGCCAGAAAGUUAUGUCUAUCUGUUUAGAUGUAAAACAUUAUUUGCUGCUUUGCAUCUCAGAGAACUUUUUUUAGCUUGAGUAUGUUGUUUUGUCUCAUGUCAAUGCUGUAAGAGCUUUCUAGGAAAGUAUAUAGAGAAUUGUGAAGAAAUCCUGUGGUUGAACUCGGCUGGAUUAUGAAGGAACAGUACUGGGAGUGGGCAGGAAAUGAUCAGUAUCUGAGAAGAGAACAUGGAAAGAAAUUGAUGACUGUACUAAAGUAAGAGCUAUACUCAGCAGUAUGUCCUCCAUUUGUGUUCCCUGCAUGCACUGUAUCUACAUCUUGUCUUUGUUUUCUGUACUUUGUAGAGCACUUAGAAGCAGUCUAUGCUGAAAAGCUUAAAAGUUGAAUUAUGAUACAUUUCAGCAGGGCAAAGUACCAGGAUCUGAAAUUGUGUAUUUUACUGUUUCACUGGUGUCUUGUAAAGUUUGCUGUCCUAAAAACGACAUAAAAAGGAACAAUGAAAUGUACACCACAUCAGCACUUCUACUGUGAAUCUGUGCUAAUGACAAUAUGACUACUUUAAUACUUAAUCUCACAAAAAUAAAGCAAGAUUUUAAAGUC